CCUAUGGAACACCUCCGAUUAAGCUGCGCUUGUGAUCGUCGUCUUCAAAAUUGAUUGCUCGCCGAAGGUUGAAGUUGGUGCAGAGAUUUAAUGAUAACUGUGAUAUAGGUGGCUUUGUUUUGCCGAAACCUGUUCACAAUAUAUUAUCACCAUGUCCAUACAUGAGUCAGGUAUCAUAACAAAGGGGAUGACUUUUGCCUCGUCGGUGCCCAGUCAUAUAUGCCAGCUUUUAUUAGAUGUGGAUAUAUCGUUACUUUUGCCUCGUCGGAACCUAGUAACAUGUAUCCGUUCCUAUCUGUUUGGACAUGUUAAUAAUAUCGUGACACCGACCUCAUAAAUACUCGGCCAUAAUUUUUAACUUCCAAAGAUCACGAAUAGCUCCCAUGUGUGUGCAUGGUAUCAAAAUAUAUUUUGUAAAACAUCGGUUAGAUUGUCCAAUCACCAAUGAAAGUUGGACAUAUCUAGCGCCGUUGUUAUCGGUAUCAUAGUAACAAAUAGAUGAUCCAAUCUCCAAUGAGGGCCGGACAUCUAAUUUUGAGCAUAGAAAAUAUAUCAAAUAGUGUUCGGAUAAUCCGAUCGCCAAUGAGGACCGAACCAGCCUUAUACCAUCGAUUGUAUAAAUGGAGUUUGAUGAUAACCGUGCUUCGGCUCUCAUUGAUCUGGCUUUAAUCAUCAAGAUCAAGAUAGAUUAAAAACACGCAGAUGUUCCGAUCGCCAAUAAGAACCGAACAUCUAUUGUGUUUAAUCUAGAAAAUUAAUAUUUAUUCAAUGUGCUCACCAUCCAGCGCAAAUAUCCUAAAUGGCGGCUUGUUGUCGAUAAAUGACUCGACUUGAUGAAGGACGCCGGCUGCGGUGUUUAAUUCUCUCCGCAGCGGCGCCGGUUUGCUAUCACCGGCCGGCUUCAAUCUCCUCUCCUGAUUUUCCUAAUCUACUGAGAAGAAUGGGAUGAAUGAAAAUGGGCAGAUGGGUGUCUCCUGUGGCGUCCUCGGCGUCCCCCGCUCUAGAUGGGUUCUGCUUCUUAUAUAGGCAGCGGCGACGGAAGCGGCCUCCGAAUUUCCAGCGCCCUGUGCUAAUCUUCGUGAUAAGCCGACGCAGAGACGAGCCAAUCCGUCAACGUGUACUGCAGUCUGGAGAUAAUUAUGUGAUUAACAUGUCUAAUGACAGUGGGCCCCAUAUGUUUAAUCGCCACAGCCAAUGACCAUGCAUGCUCACGUAGUAACGAUAGCACUUCUUAUUUCUUUUGUUUUAAUAGUUCCAAUCUUUUGAAUCGUAUAUCGGAUUUAAAAUCCAUUUGAACCAUCACUUUCUAUUCAAUUAUACAACAAAACGAGUCCAAUAUCGAAUAUAUUCGGACACCAUAAUAUUUAAAAUUUCUAGACCCACAUGUCAUAUAGACACGUCUCGUAUAUAUUCAGUAAAAUUGUGCUACAAAUAAUAUUCUCAUAUAAAAUUAAAUGCCCAAUAAUUUAUUAUUUCUUCUAUGAAUUUUUAGCACAAAAAUUCAUCAAACAAAUGCCCCCCACCGAGUGUAGUUUGUACGCGAAGCAGGACAGACUUCACUCGGUGAAAUACUCAGUAGUAUAUUGUUACGAAGGAUUAAUCCAUCUCCGUGUGGUACAUGGCUUGAUUCACAAGCUGGCUGCCAAUCGGCAAAUGACGUGCAUGAUCUGAUAUAUAUUGAAGCCGAGUUCAUGUAUCAUACGGGCUCAUGGCCGUAUGUCCUAUAUAUAUAAAUAAAGUCUGUACAGCUUCUUAAUCGAGUAAUUAAAACAGAGCUCAUGUUAGAUCGUUAAAAUCUUCGAUCAGAGCUACUGCAAAUUAACGGUGAUCGACUGGGGAAAGCAGUCGAUCGAAUUUCUUUGCUACUGUUCAAGACAAGAAAAUGCAGAAGGCUAGUGAUCGUGCCGAUCAUACCAGCGUGUGCAACCCCACUUAUACUUGGCAGGAGAUCCCAGAUGACCCACCAUUGCCUGGCCAUGAUAGUGAUGAAGGUAUCAAGGAAACUUCCCAGCAAGGGAGGGGCCUUGGCAUGCAAAAAUCUCACGGCGAAAAGAUCAUAAUAAAAAAAAGGGACAGAAGUUAGGUUCUGAAUCGUUAAACUCUUCCGUGAAUUGAUCCAUCUUAUAAGUGCCUCUUUUUUUUAAAAGGGGAACCCCUAUGUUGAGGCGUCCUCAAUCUACACAUUAUACAGUGGACUAGCCAAGAAGGCGCCAAGAGAAGAUAAUGGCGAGAUGUUUCUUUGGUGUGAUGACUUCAAAUUUUUCUAUCACAUUGACCAGCAAAAUAUCUCACCCGAAGAUGUAACGGCAAUCGGGACAGCGAAGAAGUGGAUGUGGUUGUCUAAAGUAGCCUCUUGUUUGAACAUCAAACAGGGCCACCGACUUAUUUUUUCAUGUGGAUCAUCACAGCUUCCUCACAGGGAAACAUAACAUAUCUAUCAUACCGCAACAUAUGUUGAUUUUUCCGGCGGAGGAUCAAACACGCCGUGUGAUACUAUCUGCACCAUGCCCCCAACUCAACCUACUAGUAAGCUUCUUGAUGACGACCAGAUGGAGUUUCUAACAAGGCAGUGGGCCCCGAAGCCACUAGUAAGCAUUGUAAUGGGGAUAAUUCUGUCAUGCGGGCAGGAGAAACCACUCUGCAAGCUAGGAUUCAACACUUGUUCAGUGAAUCCAAGAAGUUGUCUAUCAAUGUUGAGCAUAUAAUCGCCCAAGUUUCACAAGCGGUGAACAUGAACUGUGGCGCAGAGGAAAACUCCCUGCUCAAAGAAUUUGAUGGGAACAACCCCGUGACCCUGCCGAAACUUUCAGAUGUUGUUUCAGCCCGUGGUCUUAAACAUGUCUGGUCUGAGAUCAAAGCGUUUCAAGAAUUACUCAAGCAACGCCCGGUACAGAGAGAUAUUAUACUUAAAGAGAUAAGCAUCAACCUGGAUCUGUGGAGUAACUUCUUCUCAAAGCCACCUCCUGAAAUAAUUAGGCUAAUGGAAGGGUUACGCGUGCUUAAGGGAGCGCUAUCGGAGGAAGCGCCACUGCCAACUACUAAUCUUGUUCUCGCACAACAGGACCAGAUUAACCAACACGUCGAUCUGCUCCGCACUGCUCAAGACAAGGUGGAGUCAUCAUGCGUCGCUUUGGAGGCACUGACGAGUCAAUAUAAUGUAGAGCAAGCAGUAGAGGAGGGCAACAAGAGAGAGUGCUCACGACAAGCACGGAAAAUUAGAGCAGAGAUAGCAGUGUUGCAAGCAAGACUUCAACAAGUGGAAGAUGCCCACUCCAGUGCACAACACUGACAAGAUGUUGUAACAGAGAACUUGAACUCCCAUCUCGAGCGACAUCGUCAAGCU